UAGGGCGCGGCGGUGGGUUACGUCCCGGGUCGGGCAUGCAGGCCUCGAUGAGAGGCGAGUCAUGCUCGAUGAGCUGACGGUGGAUGACAUUAUAUGGACCCCAUUUGAGGACCAUCGGGCUCAUCCACCACGGGAUCAGAGGGCCAUGUAUUCUGGCUACAUCCGGACGCCAUUUGGCCGUGUUGUUCGACGACAUCUACCAGGGAGGGUUCUGCGCCAGUUUGGCUACAUCCAGGAUGUCCCUCGACACCCCUCCGAGAUCCAGACGACUGGGUCCCUUGCUGAGACCGCAGAUGCUGCCUAUGCUGAUUUUGUGCCGCACCUGCGCCCUCAGGGGAUCCCUGCUACUCAUUCGGGAGAGGCUGUGGAGGAGUACAUGAGGUGGUAUGGCGGUGUGUCCCAUCGGUUCAUCAUCCCUGAUGAUAGGAGGGAGGAGUUCAGUGCUGUGACGGUUGUGCGUCGGGUCGUGGACUUGUUGGAGCAGUCACUGGAGGUGUCAGAUGCUCUUGCAGUUGGCACGCAUGCCCGAUCCCUCACUGAGAGGGCGCUGGAUCUUAUUAGAUCCAGCGCAUUCAUCGGUACCCAGGGAGUAGCCUUUGCUGCUGUCCGAGGAGCUGGAGCUGCAGGAGGCAGAGGUCGUGAAGGUAGAGCGCGUGGAGGCAGAGCCCGUGGAGGCAGAGCCCGUGGAGAGGGUGCACCUGCAGAGGGCGCUCGUGGAGGCAGAGCUCGUGGACCUAGAGGUCGGAGGGGUGGCGGUAGGGGUCGGGGCGAGUGACUGUAUAUUUGUAUAUUUUUUUGUGUACUUUUAUAUUAUGACAUGUGACGACAUUGUAUGGACUCUUUUUAUAUUAACCACGCUUUCUAUUUCCACCUAUUAUGUUUAGACUCUUAUAAUGAAAAAUAACCUGUAUAACUACACCGUGAAUAAUGAAAGGCAAGAUAAGUAACAUAAGG